UUUCCGUUUCGCUUUUGACACUUUGCCACAUUUUUCCAUUCCACUUUCCACCCUCUCUCUUUUUCUCUCUUUUCCUUCUCUCGCUCUCUCGGUUUCUUUCUCUUUCUCUUUCUCUUUCACACUACUGCUCAACCUCAGCACCCAAGCACAAUGGCGACAUCCCGCGCGAGCGCUCGCUUUGGGGGCGCUCAAAUUCAAAAUCGCCUUGCUGUUUCAAACCGUCUUGCCGGAAGCAAUCUCACCACUCGCCUCGGCGCACCAGCUGCAACCUCUGGCCUCACACGCCCCGUGUCUGCAUCAACCUCCCAAGCAGGUCCGUCUGCCAAACCAACUGCAGUCAUUGCACACGCUGCUGCCGCUGAAGCUGCGUAUGGCCACGAGUUGGACCUUGACGAGGAGGAUGCAACUAUUACUGCCUCUGCCGGACACGCUCCAAUUCCAUCGAAUGCCAGUUUUGACACUGAAGAAUCUGCCACAUACGAAGACGAGGAUGAAGACGUUACCAUUCGCGGCGGUGCCGUCAUGAAAGCGCCAUCCCUCACGUCGGUCGCAACACUUGUGCCAGAGACUUCAGUGGCCGUGGUAGACCAGGAGCAAUCCAGCCGCGACGAACUCGACCACGUUCUGCGGGGCAUGAUCGAAGGCUCUACCGAUGUUGUCAUGCGACCAAACAUUUUCGACGGUCCCAUGGGCAUGUUGUCUGGCUUUACGACUCCCGUCACUGGCUCUCCAGUUCAGGCAAGGCGCGCAUCUCGUGCAGGCACCUCGAGCGCCUCGUCGUCGCGCCGCAACUCGUUUGCAGUCUACCAAGGCCGCGACAGCAGUCGCCUGUCCAUCUCCUCCAUGCACCUGCCCGAAGGCGAGCGCAAAGACAUCCUUGGCCUACUCCCUCCGGAGCUCGCUCUUGUGAUUCUGAGCCAACUUGACGUCCAAGAUUUGUGCAGAGCGAGCGCCGUUUCCCGCACGUGGCGUAAUCUGUGUGCCACUCCCCGCUUGUGGCAGCCAUUUUGCCAUGCCCUGCUCGGUGGCGGCAUGAACUCGAUCGCGGCAAGCACGACAGACUUGCGCAGCAUGUACUGCCACAUGCAACAAAUCAAUCACCAAGCACAGAAGACGCACUUGCGUCAAACUGAAAUUGAGUCGAACAUGCAGCGGCUCGGCGUGGCUGCUUCGCCAAGCUCAAACUCGGCACUGAGAACGCCAUCCGUUCCGUCGGCUGUGCGUGCGCGUCAAGCUCUGCUUCCCUCGAACGACAACAGCGGGGCAAGCGAGCCGGGCAAUAUCUUGCAGCAAAUGAUGCCUCAGUCUGCGACAACCGCGCGCAAUCGAAUGCUUCGUCGACCCAACCAAGAGAACACCAUGAUCACGCCCAUGCGAUCCAAUACGUUGGAGGCACCCAACAGCGUGACUUCGACUCAGCGCAUGGCGUCGCGCCUUUCGAUGGGAAUGACUCCUGGCUCGUCGUUUACCACUCCUUCGCGAGGCAUCGAUGCCGACGACUCGGAGCAGGUUCUCUCCGUCACUCGCCCGCGCAUGGGUCAAGUACCUGCACAGCGCUUGUUCCAGAAUCAGCCAUCGAAUGUCUCGGUUCCCAUCCCUGGAUUUGGUGGCGCUCUGCACACACCUGGCCGUAUUGGCUUGUCUGCGCAGAUGCCGAGCUCUGCUCAUCGCGCCGGCCGCUUGCACCAAGAACAAAGUCAGGAUGACUUUUUGCAUCAUGCACGCAUGCAACCUACCGCGCAGUCGGCGACCAUCACCAUGGAGUCGAACGACAAUGUCUCCGCGGCAUCCGAUCGUAUCUGGGCUCGCAUCCGACAGGACAAGCAGCAACAAGAAGCCGCCAAGACCCUUCCCGAGAUCACUGGCUCACUCUCGCGUCCUGCAUUCACCUCGUACCAGCCUCGCACAGCCCAUUCCACAAACAUUUACAUGGACGCGGGUGUCUCCUCCAACGCUCCUCGAUCUGGUCCCGCCGCUGGUGUUGGCUCUGCUGCGCUCAACCAAGCACUGCAUAGCCUGCAAAACAAUCUGGCCAACACUGCGCCUGUUGGUGGCGCGACCCUACCUGUGGAUAAGCCCGUUAUCUUGACCUCGGAUGCGGACGAGCCUCGCUCACGUAAAUGCCCCGUGUGUCCUGAUAUGCUGACCCGCGAUCCGACCACGCAGGGCGUAGGCUGCUGCGCUCAAUGCAACAAGCGAUGGUGCUGGAGCUGCUUGCGCGACAUGGUCGCUCACACGGCAUGCACUUCCACCAGCUAUCAGUCUCCCAGCAAGCGACUUGCAGCGCGAUCCGCGGCGAGAGUGAACAACCAGUCGAUUGCUCGCCAACUCCACAACCACGCUGCUGGCGAGAAUGCGACGGUCAGUGCCUUGCCCAGCCCAGCCGUCUCGCGACCUGUACGAACUGUUGCGCGCCCAGAGCUUAUUGGCACUAGCGAUAGCAAAGCCCGACUUCGCCGCAUUUAAUUCAGUUAUCGUCGUUUUGUUGCAAACUCUGUACAAUGCCUUUUGCUUCACCUCACCACCCCCUCCCUCCUCCUCCACCCCGCCCCCCCCCACCGCCUUCUCGGCCACUCUUUCAUUUUGACGAAUAGUUUGUUGCCUGUUGACCCUUUGAUCCCUAGUUGAUGUAGACGAAAUACAAAAUGUGG